GUAGUGCUCAGAUGCUGCAUUUUUAUGGUGUCCCGUGCUGGUUGAGCUGGUUUUACAAAUGUGUAAUUGUUUGUGGCUUUAACAAAAGCAUCUGUAGUUGCCACACUUACAUUCCACAGCGCAGCCUCACUUCAGCCAAUGAAGCUUUGCCUUCCAAAUGCAGGGUUUAUACGGACGUUGCAAGAGUGUGAAACAUGGAGAAUUUUGACGUAAAUAAGCUUCAGAGUCUCUGCAACGAUGUUGACCACUACAUCUUGUGCACUCAAGAGUAUGAGAAGAGAGUAGCCUGGCUCCCAGACUACAUGAAGUGGGUCAAUACAUACUUGGCAACCCAGGUGCUAGACAAGCUUGAUGUUACUUUGCCAGAGGGGGGAGCCUUUAGGCAUCUUGGCGUGGGCAGUGGGGAAGGAGUGGUUGAGUAUCAACUCUUGUCCCGAAUCCUCAACAAGCAUCCGAGCAUCCACAACACCGUCAUCGAUCCCAGCUCAAAACAAGUGGACCUCUACAAGAAGCUCAUCAAGGAGAAGGCACCUGCGUUAGACGGGGUCCGGUACGACUGGCGCCUCCAGACACUCGGGGAGUACCAGCAGAGCAGCGAGGAGUCAGGGGACAAUACUAAGUUCCAUUUCAUUAGUGCGCUCUAUUGUCUGUACUAUGAGCCCGACAUGGAUGCCGCGUUGGAGUUUCUGUAUAGCAGACUGGAGCCUGGAGGUGUGCUACUCGUCGGAAUGGAAACAGAUAGUUGCGACAUGAUCAAGAUAGAGCAGCAUUUCCAAUUUGCCCAGGAUGACAUGAACCAGUUCUUCUGCACCCGGGAUAUCUGCGCCUACUACGAGAAGCAACGCAUCCCGUACCUCGUCUGCAACCAGCCGGACGACCAGCGCGACUUUGACAUCACCGACUGCUUUGACGACGCGUCAGAUGAGGGCGCCCUGGUGCUGGAUUUCCUCUCCAACGUUCUGCACUUUCGUCAGACUGUGCCCCCGUCACUCUUGAAGGAGUUUCGUGAUUACUUGAAGAAGCUUGCCACUCUCCGGGACGGAAAGGUGUUCCUGUAUUAUGAUUCAGCUUACAUCUUGGCUUUGAAGAACAAAGUUCCAAACAUAUCAGGUGAUGCGGGCCUUUGACACGCUAUGAAAGAGUUUCACAAGCAGGCCUACUUUACAAAAAUUCCUAUUUUAAUUUUUUUUUUUCUGGAAUACAUUUUACAUACAAAAUCCAAUUCUCUAAAAUUAUGCAUUCAAAAGUACUUUUGUUUUUAUUGUAGAAUAUGUUUACAUAUAAAAUCAAACUCUUUUAAAAUUAUACAUUAAAAAGGGAAACUAACAGGUUUUUAGCUUAUCCUGCUGUAACUUAAUGACGAUAAAUAAUUUUCAACAAUAUUGCUGGAUUCAAGCUUUCCUAUAACUCUAACCACCCCCAGUGCUACAAAAUACUACUGAGGAGUAAUCUGUAGUAUGAAAUUCUUUCCCGAGUGUGCACAGCACAUGUAGUAUUCUGUGGUAUUUGGUACUUGACCCCCAAACAGCCCUUUGGCGGUUAGGGUUAAGGUACUUAACAGCCUCAAAGGAUAAGUUGCUCAAAACCGUCUCAAAGUCUGUUUUUCAGUAGAGUUGGUCACAUUCUGAUGAAUGGAUAUGACAUUAUUUUCAUGGAUCCCAGAAUGUGUACAAUGAUUCUCAUGGAGAUUUGAAAACUUUGAAUAAUGUGGUCAUGACAUUCUUUCUCAGGGCAGUACAAUUGUAUAAUUACAUUGUACACGUAACAUGGAUGUAUGUUAGGGCUGUCCACUUUUGAAUAAUUUAGUA